AUACAGUAAUGAAUACCACAAGGGUGCAAAAACAGGCUCCAUUAUAUAUGUUAUAGGCUCAUAUUGCACGACGAAGAAAAGCUAGAAGUCAGAACUGUCCUUUACUUUUUACUGGGAAUGAAAUGAAGGGAUGUAUUUUAUUUGUUUGAUCCAGUUGAUGUUAACAAUGGUUAAUUGUUACAACAGAUUAGCUCAAAUAAAUUCUGUAGAUGGAUACCUAAAUAUUUGUAUGGAUGGAGUAUAUCAGAAAGAAGAGCAGGGACCAGGAGAAUUGUAUGGACAGUGUGCAGAGUGGAAGGAGAGAAAUUGUUGUUAUGAAAACACAACUAAAUCUUUACAGAAGCCAGAACCUUGGCAUAACUUUAAUCUGAAUCAUUGCGGUCAGCUAUCACCAAUGUGUAGGGGACAUUUCUUGCAGAGUUUUUGUUUCUAUGAAUGUUCACCUAAUGUAGGCCCAUGGCUUGUUAAGGUUAAUGGCAUGGAAUCAAGAAAAGAAAGAUUUUAUAAAGUUCCUUUGUGUGAAAGAGAAUGUAACUUAUGGUGGAAUGAUUGUAGAAAUGAUAGUACAUGUGUGAAAAACUGGGAAACAGAUUUCGACCUAAGCAGUGGAACAAACAAAUGUCCAGGUUACAGUUCCUGUAAAAACUUCACAGAUAUAUACACAGACGCCACUGACUUCUGUGAGAGUGUGUUUGACAGAACGUGGCAGGUAGUGGGGAACUCUACCGAACCCUGUAUGGUGCUAAACUUUCAUGACACAAAUCCCAACUAUUAUGUUGCCAAACAGAAAGCUCAGUCCAUAUACAGUAACAAAUCAAAUACUGUUAAGUUUGGGACAAUGUUAUAUUUGUUGGUUCUUAUUAUGUUUGUUAUACCAAAGAUGUAGAUAUUUUCAAAACAUUCCAACAUUCCAGUCUUUCAAUUAGAAGUUCUUGUGUUUUAUACAAUACAUUGGUUGUGCCAUUUUUUUAUAUAUAUUUUAUAAGAAUUGUUUUAAAAUAUACUUUAAUUGUUAAGCAUUUAUGAUGUUUUUAUUCAAGUUUUACAAGAUAGACAGACAGACACUAAACAAUUGUAAUUGUUCUUGAUGUAAAAAGAUUUCUUUUUUGCUUACAUGUAAAUACAAAUCCUGUACAUCGCUGAUAAACAUUUUCAUUUCUUUUUUUCCAAUCAUUUAACUAUAGACUUACAGGAGAAUCUUGAUGUACAUUAGAAAUAAGCUGUGGUGAUAAUUUUAUCUCUUACAUGAUGAUUUUAGAUAAUGAAAAGUGUGACUCAUAGGGAUAAACCAAAACAGUGAAUGGCAAACUAAGAACUGUUUUGACCACUUUUCAUACAAAAAAUGUUUAUUUAAACAGUGUAAACACUCAUCAAAGAUACUAGGUUUAUAAUUUGGUAUGGCACAUGAGCGUUUCAGGCUUAGAAUUUGGUAUGGCACAUGUGCGUUUCAGGCUUAGAAUUUGGUAUGGCACAUGUGCGUUUCAGGCUUAUAAUUUGGUAUGGCACAUGAUCGUUUCAGGCUAAUAAUUUGGUAUGGCACAUGUGCCUUUCAGGCUUAUAAUUUGGUAUGGCACAUGUGCCUUUCAGGCUUAUAAUUUGGUAUGGCACAGGUGCGUUUCAGGCUUAUAAUUUGGUAUGGCACAGGUGCGUUUCAGGCUUAUAAUUUGGUAUGGCACAUGUGCGUUCCCUCAACAUAUGACUCAUCAGUGGCACUCCAACCAAAAUAGUUGGAAGGUCAAACCAAGUAGGAAGUAAAAAGAAUUGUUGUUCUGUGGAUUCAUUAUUAUUCGUUGGAUACAAUAGAUUUCAUGGGUACAGAGGAACCACAAAUUUAAAUGUUCAAUGAAAUAAAAAUUGUCUAUAGGAAUAUAUGCAGACCAGAAAAACCAGGAAAUUAAAUAUCCAGGAAAAUGCAAGUUUUCCUUAAUCAACAAAAAUUGGUACCCAUGAAAAUAAAUGAAUCCUAAGUAAUCAAGAACAUUCAUUAUAGGAGAUUUUAGGUUUCUCAAGUCAAACCCCUAGAUUUGGUUUAUAUUGAAGUAUUAUAGAAAAGAAUUAAGUCACUUUUACCCCUUAAUUUAUUGUAUUUAUCAACUUUUGAAAGAUAAAUAUUCAAAUUUUAAAUGCUACGCAAACCUGUCUAAAUUAUGUAUAUCAACAAAUUAAGGAUAUCUAAUUCAGUAUCGUCUCAUAGAAAGGUUGAGAAUUUAGUAUGAUGUCUUGGAAAGGUUGAGAAUUCAGUAUGAUGUCAUGGAAAGGUUGAGAAUUCAGUAUGAUGUCAUGGAAAGGUUGAGAAUUCAGUAUGAUAUCAUGGAAAGGAUGAAAAUUCAGUAUCAUGUGAUGGAAAUAUGUCAUGGAAAGGUUGAGAAUUCAGUAUCAUGUCAUGGAAAGGUUGAGAAUUCAGUAUCAUGUCAUGGAAAGGUUGAGAAUUUAGUAUCAUGUCAUGGAAAGGUUGAUAAUUCAGUAUCAUGUCAUGGAAGGGUUGAGAAUUCAGUAUCAUGUCAUGGAAGGGUUGAGAAUUCAGUAUCAUGUCAUGGAAAGGUUGAGAAUAUCAAGUUAUUGUGGAUUGUAUUAGUUUAUCUUCAUCUGUUCCAAUUUUGGUUGAUUGAAAAAUAAUGUAGGUUCAUAAAUACCUGACUUUCAGGCUUUCAAAAAAUCUGCAUUCAGGAAUUUAGGGAAUUUUUUAUUGAAUACUAAAAAAAUGUUGAGUUAUAUAAAUAUAUAAUCCAAUGAAAUUAUAAAAAAAGAUCCAGUUUGUUUAUUAUAUUUUAUGUUUAAUAUAGUCUAUUCCUUGUAUUUAAUUUCCUUUCAUGUUUCUCUUUUAAUGGCAUUCCAGAAGGUUUUGUUUUGUAUACUUAUCACACUUUACUUAUUGUACAUUAUUCAACAAAUCAAAAGUGUGCUUUAAAAUACAUUUGCAUAUGACUUUUUUGUGAUAUUGUGAUAAUCAUUGGAAGGUAUUUUUGAAAUUGUUUAAUUAUUUUAUGUUAUAUAACUAUAAUUGAUAAUACAUGUAUUGAAGAAUAGUUUUUGAAUUAUUUUGAUGUCCAUUUAUUAACUUUAUUGUUAUGAACUUGAAUUGAUGUUUU